CGCGAACUCGUCCAUGGACGCAACCCGCAUCACGGCCUUUGUUCACCACACACUAGAUCCCGAACCCCCAUAUCCGAACCGUGUCGAGCCUGCCCGACAGCUUACCCGACUUUCCGUCGCUGCAGGACAAGCGAGCCGCUGCCUCAAGGGGGCAGCCGGCGACGAAGACUACGACCAUGAACCCGCUCCGACCGCACGCGGCGCCCCUGCUCAGCCGCCUCCUCCUCCUCUCCCUCAGCCGUGGCGCACGGUCGACAACGGCGCCAGCAACAGCAGCAGCAGCAUCAACAAUAGGCGGCGCGCGCUAUGCCAGCACAAAGGCAGCGGUGCCAGCGACGGCGCCAGGGAAGGCUCAGGCGCAGGAGAAGCAAGCAGAGGAAGGCGCCGGCGGGCGUAGACCUCGUGGGAUUCCGCCCCCGGGCCACGGCGAGCGCAUCUGGCUGUUCAACCACAUCACGGAUAACCUUGUCCUCUAUUCGCUGACUCCGGAGUUGAGGAGCAACAAAGCCUUCCGCCAGCUCAUCUUCACCGGCAAGAAACUCAUCCCGGCCAAGAUCCGCAAGGACUACUGGCGGCCGCUGGCCGUGGUCGAGUUCGGCCCCGGCCUCGGCGACGUCGGCCGCAGCGUGUUCCAGAAGCUGCGCGAGCUCAAGCGGCGGCACCUGCUCGAGUGGGACCGCGAGACACACGCCGACCCCCCCGUCGUCGACGUCAGCACCAUCGGUAACGUCGAGGGCACCAACGGCGCCAACGGCGAGGGCGCCACCGGCGCCGGCGGGGCGGCGCUGCUGCGCAUGCCGCGCCACGAGCGCGGCAAGGCGCUGAACGACCAGCGCGGCAACUCGGUCGCGGACCUGGCCGCCGUGCUGGGCGGGCUCGGCAAGGGGAACCGCAUUGUCGUUGGGAGCGGAAGAGUUAGGGGGAGGCGGGGCAGGGCGGCGGCGAGCGGGAAGAAGGAGGAUGGGGGGCAAGCGGCGGUGGCGGUGAAGGAGGCAGAGGAGGGGAAGAAGAAGGAGGAAGGUGGGGACGGGGCGAAGAAGGUCGCGCUGCAUCCUGCCACGGUGUACUGGGCCAACGAGCAGGACAAGUACUAUGCGCAGGCGUGGUCGGAUAAUGUCACGCAUGUUGUGGGCCUGCCGAAGAAGGGGGCAGAGGAGACGCCGGCGGCCCCGGUGGAGGGCGAGGCUGCGCCGGAGGCGGCUCAGGCUGAGGCGGCGUAGUGAAGUGUCUGAUUUGAAGGGAUAGGUAGCGAGGGCAGUCAAAGCCCUGCGGAUGGUGUAUCUGUAUUACUGUAUGUACAUUGUGUAUCACACGAUUGAAAUGGGGGAUUCACAGGAGCACGUUUACUCGGGAA